AUGGCAUCAAUUGCUUCCUGUAUGCAAGCUCAGGCUGCGGAGCAGCCAGAACCCGAAGUGGUCCCAGUGACCCCCCGAAUCGCAUGGAUUCAACAAGCGACGGAGGAAUUUCCAGGGAAUAUAGUCACAGAACUGAUCCGAGUGUGCGGGGAAGGCGGGAGUUUAGAUGAUCUGCUAGAAAUGUCGGACAUGGAGAUUACGCUUCGCGCGUAUCGAUACGGAUUAAAUCCAGUUAAUUGGGAGCCACAUGUGGCACUUUUCAACACCAUCAGGCAUAAGAAAGUAAGAUUGAGUUUCAUUAUCCUUCUUGGUUCGAAGAAAGGACGUUCUUGGAGCCAACAGAAGCCUGUCAGGCGGAAAGCGCAGCGGAUUCUCGACAUUAGAGUUCCAUUACAAAUCAUGCGCUAUAUGCUCGGUGCGGUCGCGUUUUAUGCUAGUGUUUACGAGAACAAACCAAGCACUGGAUGGCAGAGAUACUUGAUGUAUCUCCCUCUAUUGCUGACGCCAUUUUUGGCGGUCUAUCUUAACUACAGCGAGCAUAACGAUCAUAAUAUCGUUGUGACCAAGAUCCUCGACACAAAUUCGGAUGCUAUAAAGGAAUAUAUGGAGAACAGAGUCGCUCAGGGAAUCGAGGAAAGAUUGGCGAGGCCGCGAAAAAACAGGCCAAGAUAA